CGUGACGUCAUUAGACAACGCCGCGCUCCUGCAUCAGUUGAGUUUGGGCUGUAGAGAGAUACUCCUCCUGAAUGGACUGAGAUCAAUGUGACACUGUUAUAAAGAUGACUUUUAUUAAAGAGGAGAAUGAAGACGUGAAGAUCGAAGAAGCUUCCGGAGUCAAACAUGAAGAUACUGAUGAAAAAACAAAAAUGCCAUUUUUUAAAGAGGAAAGUGAAAACAUGAGGAUUGAAGAAGCUUUCAGGGUCAAACAUGAAGAUACUGAGGAACAAACAGACCUGACAGCACUGAAAGAGGAGAAUGAAGUACUGAAUGAAAUCAAAGAGGAAGAUCAAUUCAUGAAUCCUCAUGAUAUCAAAACUGAAGAAAAAUCUUUUAGUUGUUCACAGACUGAAACAACUUCCAUACAAGAAAUGGCUCCAAAGACAGGAAAUAUAAGUUGUUUCACCUGCCAAGAGUGUGGAAAGAGGUUCACUCAUAAAGGAAGCUUUAACAGACACAUGAGAAUUCACACUGGAGAAAGGCCUUUUACCUGCCGUCAGUGUGGAAAAAAAUUUCAUCAACAUGGAAACCUUAAAGUCCACAUGAGAAUUCAUACAGGAGAAAAGCCUUUUGCCUGUCAACAGUGUGGACAAAGUUUCCAACGAAAAGUAAACCUUGAUUACCACAUGACUGUUCACACUGGAGAAAGCCCUUACACCUGCCAGCAGUGUGGAAGAAGUUUCAGCCAAAAAGGGAACCUUGAUUUCCACAUUAGAUCACACAAGGGAGAAGGACCCUAUAAAUGCACUCAGUGUGAAAUUAGUUUCAGCCAAAAAGAAAAAUAUGAAGAGCACAUACAAUCUCACACUGCAGAGAAACCCUACACAUGCCGUCAGUGUGGAAAUGUUUUCAUUCGAAAAGGAAAAUAUGAAGACCACAUGAAUGAAGAGACAACAGAAAAUAUAAGUUGUUUCACCUGCCAAGAGUGUGGAAACAGUUUCACUCAUAAAGGAAGCUUUAACAGGCACAUGAGGAUUCAUACAGGAGAGAAACCUUACACCUGUCAAGAGUGUGGAAAGAGUUUCACUAAUAAAGGAAGCCUUAACAGACACAUGAGAAUACACACUGGAGAAAGGCCUUACACCUGCCGUCAGUGUGGAAAGGGAUUUCAUCAACAUGGAAACCUUAAAGUCCACAUGAGAAUUCACACUGGAGAAAAGCCUUUUGCCUGCCAACAGUGUGGAAAAAGUUUCAAAAGAAAACUAAACCUUGAUUAUCACUUGAUAGUUCACACUGAAGAAAGGCUUUACACCUGCCAGCAGUGUGAAAUUAGUUUCAGCCAAGAAGAAAAAUAUGAAGAGCACAUACAAUCUCACACUGCAGAGAAACCCUACACAUGCCGUCAGUGUGGAAAUGUUUUUAUUCGAAAAGGAAAAUAUGAAGACCACAUGAAUGAAGAGACAGCCUGCAUAUGCAAUCUGUGUACCAUUCGUUCAUUUGUUUUUUGAUUUAAUAUUAAAAGAAACAUGAGAAAAUGGCAACUUGUUAUUUUUUCCCCCAGAAAAACAAGAAUUCAGCUUGAUUUUUAGUAUGCUGCAGCAUAGACUGUAAAAAAAGGGCUGCAGUUGCAUGGACAAUUAACACGUUUAAUGCAACUUCAUCUUUUCCUCCUCAAACAACCAGACUGAUGAAUGGCUCGACACAACCCGUUCUGGGGCACAAGCCUGGGGGUCAUUCUAUAAUUGGGGGUACGUCUCAUAUAUUUUUAAUAUAUUUUCAUCAAUAUAAAGCUGUGAUGCUUAAUUUUCUAGUACACAAUUAUAUUUUUUCCCAAUCACACUACUGUGUGUUUAAAAAAAACAUGUCUUUUGUUUAAAAAUGUUUCUCAUAUCACAUGGUAUUCAGAUGUCUGAUUUUGUAAAGUUGCUCAUUCUACUCUGCAUUUAAGCAUGGAAAUUACCUCAAAUAUAAAUGAAUUUCAUAGUUUUGCCUUCAGUUCAAUUAGGU